GGGGAUUUUGCUACUGGCCUGCUAAGCCGACAGUCUGAGGAACCCCGGAACGGGCUUCCCCUGUCCGGUUAAGCGGUCGUGGGGGUAGUGUUUUAAUAUAAGAGAGAAAGUGAGUGAAGAAGAUGUACUAUGGAAUAUAAAGCAUCCAUAUUAUCACAAGAAAACGCUGAAACGAACUCUGUUUGACAAGAUAUGUGCUGAGCUGAAAACAGAGUAUCCUCUUCUUGAAGUGACUACAGUUGAAGUAAUGGAUAAAUUUAAGUACCUUCGCGGCCAGUAUCAGAAAAUCUUACGGAAAAUCAGGAAUACACCAAGUGGUUCCGCAGCAAAAACUGAUAUUAAGUGGGAGCAUUAUAAGACAUGCUCAUUCAUGCAAUCUGUGUAUGAUACGGGCCCUACAGAAUCCAGUUUCAUACACCCUGAUGACUUGGAACCACAACAGAAGGAAGUGGUAUUGUAUGAGGGACCUAUUGAGGACCUUGAAGAUACUGAAGUAACAGUAUCACCAACUUCAAGUUCAACUCCUUCCCCUCUGCCUGAUAUUAAUGAAGAGGUCAUCAUUGAAAUACCUGAUCAGCCCAAUACCAGUUAUGUAAAAAACUCACAAGUGGUAAAAAAGAAGAGGAGGAAAAUGGACAAGAGUGAUGCACUGGAUGAAAAAAUGUCGAAGACCAUUGACAACUUGCAGGAAGUUUUGGCACAGCAGUCCACAAAAGAUACAUGCCAUGGCAUGGUUACUGAAUCUGUGACGGCAGCCAUGAAGUUUUUCAGUGAUUAUAAAGAGGUGAAAAUGGACUUUACAUUGCAAGUGAUGGAGCUUAUUGCAGCAAAAACUCGAGAGUGUCAUGCCAUAGAAAUGAAAAGGCAAGGCAGUAAUUAAAACAGUACUGGAAAAUCAUGAAUU